UAAACAGGAAGUAAUCAGUAUCAGGAAAAAUAAUACUACACCCUCCGAGCUAUUACAACUGCAGAUUACUUUGAAUUAUUCAUGUAGGCCUACGAUCCGACAACUCAAUUGUACCUGGGGUGACUGAUUACACACCUAGAAAAUCUUUUUUGUGCGUGUCAUAAAAUGGAUGACAUUGUUGAUCUGAAGCAUGAUAUUGACAAGAAACUUGCGAAGGAGGAAACGAACCUGGGCCUGCUCCGACAAUGCUUGACGCGUUAUGACUCCAACACGACAGGAAUGGUCAACAUCCUCAAUAGCUUUGAAGAGCGACUGGAGAACUUGGAGAAAACAAUCGUUCCUGUCUACAAUGAAACAGAAAACUUACGUCGCCGUCAAGAAAACAUUGAGAAGACAAUGCAGACCCUGGACAAUGUGCUCAGCUAUUACCACACAGCAAAGGAUGUAGAGGCAACAGUGAAGGAAGGGCCAGCUGCAUGUGACUUGGAGACGUAUAUGUCUUAUCUGGAGAAGGUUCUGAAAGCCAAGAAGUACUUUGACAACUUUAGCCCUAACAGCAAGGAACUGAAGGACAUUGAGAGGAUUUUUGACGAUGGCAAAGAAGCGCUGCAGCAUGAGUUCAAGUCUUUGCUGAACCGUCAUGGAAGACCAGUGCCAGCCAUUGUCAUAUUGGAUUUGUUGAACACAGAUGAUGAGUUACCGCCGGUGGGAACAGACACUGACUUGGCUUUAGAGCAGCUGUCGGAACGUGUGACGGAGGAGCUGAGAGAGAUCUCCAAGUGGCUGACAGAUAACGGGAGGAGCGUGGAGUUUAUCCCAACUUAUACCACUGCACGUUCCACUGUGCUCAGCAGAUCUCUGGCCGGCAACUUCACCAAGAAAGCCUCUUCGCUGUUACAAUUUGAACCAGGUCACCGGCGCCAAGGCUCGUACCCAGACACCGUCAAGGAUGAGUCGGUGGACCUGGAGACAGAUCUGUACAUCAAUGAACUCAGCGCUCUUCUCAGACUCAUGCAGAGUGAAGCUCACCUCAUGAAAGGCAUCAUUCCAGAGAAACAUCAGCGCAAAGCCUUUGACACCAUCAUACAGCAGGCCCUGGACUCAGUAGUCAAUGAGGGAGAAUUGUUGGCCACAGCGGCUCGCAAAAAUGUCUCCCGACAUGAGUUCACAGCUGUACUCUCAAUAUUCCCAAUUGUGCAGCAUCUGCGCACUGUCAAGCCAGAGUUUGACCUAAUUCUUGAGGGCUGUCAGGCACCAACCAGAGCCAAACUGACCUCUCUUCUCUCCACACUGGACAGCACUGGUGCAAAGGCUUUGGAGGAAUUUACAGAAAGCAUAAAGCAUGACAAGUCAACCAACAUGCCCCGGGAUGGAACUGUGCAUGAACUGGCAAACCAUACGAUCAUUUUCUUAGAGCAGCUGUUGGAGUAUGCAGAGACAGCAGGCGCCAUGUUGCUGAUGCAUGGAGAAAAGGCCACACCCUCUGCUAUGAUCACGUCGGACAACUGUCGGAAAAAAGUGGCAGACUACAUGACCCGUGUUCUGUCAGCCCUGGGCUUGAAUCUGAGCAACAAGGCAGAGUCGUACAAUGACCCGGCACUGCGGCCUGUGUUUAUGCUGAACAACCUCAACUAUAUCAUCAAGUCAUUGAAGAGGGCCGGCCUGCUGUCCUUCCUCCUCUCCUGGCAUAAUGAGAUCACCAACUACUACAACAGCCAGAUCCUGGAACAGAAGAGAGAUUAUUCUCAGAGUUGGAGUAAAGUCCUUCACUACAUCCUCGAGGUGGACAAACCGAUGUCACAGCAGCGAACAAACAACCAGGACACUGUCAAGCUCAAAGACAAGGAGAGACAGAACAUCAAGGAUAAGUUUACUGGAUUUAACAAAGAGCUGGAGGAAAUUUUCCGCGUUCAGAAGACGUACGCCAUGCCAGACACAGAGCUGAGGCAGUCCCUGAUCUCGGAAAACAAGGAGUACAUGGUUCCACGAUACACCAUGUUCUACAACAAGUACAGCCAGCUCAACUUCACCAAGAAUAGGGGGAAAUACAUCAAGUACCAGCCAGCCGAUCUGUCCGCGCUUCUAGACAAGUUUUUCGAUGCUUCUGCAUAAGUGUCACAGGCAUCUGCCUGGCCUCUGUACAUUUUAUGGUGCUUUUGGUGUAUGGUGACGAUUAGCACCUCAGUUCGUCUGGAUUCUGCAGGGGACUCAGGGCUUUCUGCUUUCUUAAGUUAUGCGAUUUCAAUGGAUAUAAGAUUCUUCAUCGGCCUAUCAUGUGUUUGAGCUCAGUCUCCGUUGCAUUUUGUCAGUCUCAGAUGGGAAUCGCCAGAAUUCUAUAUUUAGUCUUGACCUGUGUCUCCACAAGUGGGGCAGAAAAAGUUCAAGAACUGGUCAUGUCUGCUAAAAUGUCAGUGUCUCUGUUUUCUUCUUUGGGGGAAAUUGUGUACGUUUAAUGCCCCUUUGAACACUGAGGUUAUUUAUGAGGUGGAUAUCCGAACUUAAUGUCUGUCUCCAUUAGGACCGAGCCAGAUGAAAAAUUUUUUGUUGUUGAAAAUUGAAAUUCCUUUGGGAAGGUCCUAACGUCAGGCAGAGUUGACCUGGAUCCUGCAAUCUCACGCCAUAACCACAAGACUACCAAUACCACCUUCUUCUUUCAGUCCUAAAAUGGUGAUAUGAGAGUACAUUCCCUUGUUCAGGUGAAGCCUAACACUUAGGUGUUGCUUCUUGCUUCAUCAUUUACCAUUCACCUGUGGUUACGUUGAGUGUCUUUUUCUUCUAUCUACUUUCACUCUCUUCAUGCAUUUGUCACAUUUUGCCAUAUCUCAUAACUUUGACAUAUAUGACAGUUUGACAAUGCUGCAUAUUUUCUCAAGGGAUUUCCUGUAGACAUGCUGUUUGCUGACACAGUGAUGUCCUGGUCAUGGAAGGGGAAGUGACAUCAGAAGGGAACUCUGCUGAGUGGGUUUUUAACUCUAUUGUCAUUGUGGAUCAUGAACUUUUAAAGCUGUUAUCGUUGGCACUAUUCUGUCAAAAACGCACGAUAGUGUUGUACCGUGUAAUUGUCUGCAUUCUCUGUCCUGUGAUGAUGGUGCCUGGGAUUAAUUGGACCUCUGCUUGUUGAAAAUUCUUAGUUGAGUGAGUGUAGAAAAUUGAAAAAUGUUCUGCAUUUUGUCAAGUUGUCUCCUCAAAUGUCAUGUGAUAAUUUUUUGCAGCUAAAUCUUCUGCUUUUAUCGUGAGACUAAUCUUGACUUCAUUCCUCCUCUAGCUGCGAUUUUCUACUGCCUGUUUCCAGGUUGUAUAGUUGAUCUUAGUUGAGUCAUGUUUCUGUUGCUGACAUUUUUUAAGAAGAGGCUGGCCUGUUUUCGUCUUUCCAUUCUUCAGUUCUCCAUAGAGGACUCUCAUUAUACCAUGUGCAAUAAAGUCAGUGAAUAUAAA